AUGGCUGUCGUGUUUACAUCUCACGGUCCUCAAGUCAGCGUUGAAAUUGGUGAAUAUCAGCAAUUUCCAAAAGAUCAACAUGACGACAAAACGGAAACGACUCCACCAAAAUCCAAACAUAUCCAUGUGUUUCUGCUGGCCUUUGGAAUUCUCUUCGUUCUUCAAGCAGUUCUCAACAUCACUCUGAGACUGAAUCACAGCGAGGCAGCGCCUAAAGGUGGAGGUGAGACGAGGGAAAGCUGUCCGGAAGACUGGCUCCUGUUCAGCUUCAGCUGUUACUACAUUUCCUCCCGGAGGAAGAGCUGGGAUGACAGCCGACUGGACUGUCUGCAGAGAGGUGCUGAUCUGGUCAUCAUCAACAACAGACAGGAACAGGCUUUUCUCACCGGGUUCGCCGAGGCAGCAUGGAUCGGAAUGUCUGACAGGGAUCAGGAGGGAAAAUGGAUGUGGGUGGAUGGAACGCCAGUCAAAGACAAGCUGGAAUGGGCCUUGGGUCAGCCUGAUGGAGCCUUCGGAGGUGAAGACUGUGGUGAACUUCGUUCAAUGAUGAAUUUCCUGGGUUUGAAUGAUUAUAGUUGCAUUGUCAGAUCCCAGUGGAUCUGUGAAAAACCACUCAUGGAAGGUACCAUAAAGAAGGACAUUGUAAACAAGGGACAAGGAACAAGACAGGGAAACCAUCAGGAAUAAUCUGCUGAUGAAUGAUUGAAUUCAUUGCCCCUCCCCAUCUGCCUCAUUGCUCCGCCCCCAGCCACCAAACAAAGCUACCGGCGAAACAAAAUAACAUGCAAAAAACAGAAGAAAUACAACAACAAAGGUAUGGGUUACACGGAUAAAACUCAUGAACUCACGUGCAAGCAUGCAGGUAGGAGGAGAGGUGUAGGAAAACAAGGAAAGUCGUCAUCCGAGAGACCAAGGCCACCUGGUGUUGUAUUCCUGGAAACUACUUCCUGGAACAGGGCUGCAUGGCCGAGUGGCCACACAGCUAGGAGACCUGAGUUUGAUUCCACCCUCGGGCAUCUCUGUGUGGAGUUUGCAUGUUAUCCCCGUGCAUGCGUGGGUUUUCUCCGGGUACUCCGGUUUCCUCCCACAUUCCAAAAACACGCUAGGUUAAUUGCCAAGUGUGAGUGUGAAUGGUUGUCCGUCUAUAUGUGCCCUGGGAUUGGAUGGCGACUAGUCCAGGCUGGACCCCGCCUCUCGCCAGAAGACAGCUGGGAUAGGCUCCAGCACGCCCGCGACCCUCAUCAGGAUAAGCGGUAUAGAAAAUGAAUGAAUGAAUAGUUCCUGGAACUAAAAGGUCCCCGUAGCCAGUGGCGGUUGUAGCUAAGGGGCAUUUGGGCAAUUGCCCAGGGCAGGAUUCUGCAGGGAAUCCAGGGAAUGCCAUUCAAGUGUCAUUCAAGCCCUGCCACGGCCUGAGGCCUUGUGUGUGUGUGUGUGUGUGUAGUGCUCUGAGAGUGUAAAUAAACAUUUUGUUUUUCACUAAAGUAAAUAAAAC